UCAGCCGGAAUCACGUGACUAAAUCACACUAUAUAAGGCGUGGACAGAAUCCAUACUGUCUCUUUCAUCCGGAGAAACCCAGUUCACCGGACCAAGCAAGUCGGUUACGUCAAGGAGUCGACGGAGUACCACGUGCAGUUCCCGACGCCCGUUUGGCUUCCCAGAAAAGGAAUGGCUUCUCAGAAACCAUCGAUUCCGGCAGGGAAGGAGGUACCGGUUCCACGUCGUGGUGCCGGUGGUCAGCGCCAACCCAGGCAGGAGGAUGGGCAGAGACCUCAGGUGGUGGUGGUGCAACAGCAGCCGCCGCCUCCGCCGCCGCCUCCGCCGCCGCAGGUUCAGCCAGACAUCCCUCAAGAAGUCCCUCAAGAUCAGGCAGGGCAAGAUGCUCGUCAGGAGCCUCCAGGAGCUCAAGUGCAGGACCCACAGCAGGGACAGCAACAGCAAGGAGAACAAGCUGUGGCUGGAGGACAAGCUCAGACGGACAUCGCGGCGCUAGUGACGGAGUUGAAUGCUCUGAAGCAGCAGGUUGGGGCUAUGCGAGGGGGACGCUCUUCAGAUGACAUCAAGGAGGAGCUAGUCCAGUACGCGGGUAGACCUGGAGCGGCAUUUGACCCUCAUCGUGCCCUGGCACUGGUGGAAACUCUGGUGAUGCAGGCUCGUAGGGAGGGACACAAGAAGGCUCACGAGUAUUCCAUCAUUCUUGACCAAAUAUAUCCGCUGGCACGAGAAGAUUUCUUUAGACAAUUGAUUGUGAAUCAGUUUGGAAGCACUUUAGAGAAGCAGGUGAACAAGGAAAUUGCUCAGUUUGUAAAAAACCAGGGUAAGAUCAUGCCUAGAGAAAGUAGAUCAAUGAAAGCGGUAAAGUAUGACAGCUUGAAACGUAGGGAGAGACAUGGCUUGGCCCAGGCACGCCCAGAUGAUAAGUGCUACCGCUGUCAUGGGUUAGGGCAUUUUGCGAGAGAUUGUACGAAAAGUAGAAAUGGUAAAAACUCUUGAAGGCAUGCUUAUAAUGAUUAAAGGCUGUGUGCUUGACGGAACGGUUAUCGAUAUCGACACGUGUGAAACUUUGGUCGGCUUUCCGACAUAACUGACUUGAUGUGUAGUUUUUUGUACUUGAUGUGAAAUAAAACUACUGAACAGCA